AUGCCUCACGAUUUUGUUAUGGAAUCCGGGCUUUACGCUCUCGAUUUAAUCGGGUUGCAUCCUUUUAGGAAAAGUGGAUUCGGUUACGUCAGAGCUUUCGUAUUUUCCUCAACCUUUCUCGUAAUGUACAUUCUGAACGUAGCCGGAGUAAUAGUAAGGUACGAAGGAAUCAAGUCCUUGGCCGAUUCCGUAGACGCGAUUCCGGCCGGACAACAGGUCCUUGUAAAGGUAUUUGCCGUUAUACUCAUCCACGACCGGUUCCAAAAACUUUUUGCCAAAAUGGAUCAAAUGUGGCCAAAUAACAUCUACGGAAGCGAACUUGAAUUGAAAAUACAAACUUAUCAAGCAAGUUUUAAAAGAACCUUUAUUGCGUAUCGAGCUACUAUUUGGAUAACAACAAUUACAUACAUAAGCAAACCUUUAUUAACAUUAUCUAGGAGCUUUGCAACGGCUUGUUUUCCCCCUUCUGGAGAUAAAUUAUAUCGAUACAUCCCGUAUUUGAUAUCUUAUAAUUUUCAAUUAUACAUUUAUUGCGUAAUUGGGCAAGAAAUGUCGUAUCAGGCAGAAAACGUUGGCAAAUCACUUUAUGAAUCAACUUGGUAUUUGAGUAAUCAACCGAAAUUGAGAAAAGGAAUGAUAAUGGUAAUUCAAAUUUCACAACAGCAAGAGAAUAAAUUAAGCAUCGGAGGAAUUUGGGAUUUAAAUUUGCGAAUAUUUAUGUCGGUCAUAAAAACAUCGGUUUCGGUUCAUGCUUUUAUGCAAACCAUUUACAACGAAAAUUUACAAGGGACUAAAUAA